AUGCUGCUAUCUACCUGGAACGCAUUCGUUACCGCCGGUUCCUCUUUGGUGCUGGGGUUCACUCUUCUCAUUCCACACACAAACGCUCAAGCCCCGACAGCGGUAGUCAACGUUGUAUUUGAUCAGGACUAUCGGGAUGGCAGUCAGUGUGUGCAGUCAGCCCUUUGGUACAAUGGUGGAUUUGGCCGUGGAGGAGACGACCCAGAAUUCAAAGAUCUCGGUAUAGAGCUUGGAUGCGGUCGAUAUGCAAAAAACGAAUGCUAUUGUGAACCGAAGGCGGUCGCAACUGCUACAAAUUUCAUAUCAAGUUUCGUUCAGAGCUGUCAAACAACAUCCGCCGCCGAUCUCUCGAGUGCAAUGAGCAUCUAUCGACGAUAUUGUAGUCAAGUAAAUGUCGUACGAGCACAACAGACAACAAUGGCGACACUUUCAAGCAGAGGUAACGAACCGUCUCCAGGCCAAACAUCCCCAGAUAUGUCACACACGACUUACACAGGAACACCAGAUAAUGCCGAGCCGUCAACAGUAUACGCGGAUUCAGGGCUGUCGCAAGCAGCUAAAAUUGCUUUGGGUCUGGGUCUCGGACUCGGCUUGACCGUCCUCCUGUUUUUAGCUGGUAUCUUUUUCUGCUUAUGGAAACGAGGAAGAAGAGACUCGACGGCGACGAUAGGGGUGGUAGAGCAUACGCCAAAGCAAUGA